CAGCCGAGUGAAGUGGCCAGCUGCAGCGGCACAGGCACACACACAAAGCACGCAGUGAGCGUGAAAUGACAACGGCGAACAAAAUGCUCGAGAGAGCCCUCUCUAUACGGCGGUCACCACACGCCACGGACGACGCUGCGUUCUUUGACGACGGCGCCGGCGACGAGUCCAAGACCCGCAAGCACAUAUCAAUUGCGAUGCGGGCCACCAAUUUCCUGACCCGAACCGGAUAUCUUUGGCCCGUUCUCGCCAUCGGCCUGCUAAUCGUCAUUAUCCUCUCCGUCAUCAUCAAUUCGCGCGAUUUGGUCUGCAUCUCGGCUUCCACCUCCGAUCACAUCUCGCGGUUGAGGUUUUUCGGGUUUGAUGCUCUCGAGUCGGAUUUCGGAUCCCUAGGUGUUCCUUGGUGCAGAUCGAAACAUGGAAAAGAUGUAGAAUGGACGUCCAAGGAUUUGCUGCUUGGUCUUGAAGAGUUCAUACCAAUAUAUGAAACCCGGCCCAUUAAAAACAACAUGUAUGGAAUGGGUUUCGACCACAGUUUCGGGCUAUGGUUUGUCACGAGAUGGUUGAAGCCAGACUUAAUGAUUGAGAGUGGUGCUUUUAAAGGGCAUUCGACUUGGGUUUUGAGGCAAGCUUUGCCAGAUAUACCUAUUGUGUCAAUUUCACCUCGUCAUCCUGAGAAGUACCUUAAGAAGGGACCUGCUUAUGUUGAUGGAAAUUGCACAUAUUUUGCUGGAAAAGACUUUGUAGAUUUUGGAAGCAUGGAUUGGGGAAAAGUGAUGAGGAAAUAUGGGAUCAAAGACCGUAGUCGGGUUCUUGUCUUCUUUGAUGACCACCAAAAUGAACUGAAGAGAUUAAAGCAAGCAUUGAAAGCUGGUUUCAAGCAUCUAAUUUUUGAAGACAACUAUGAUACUGGAACGGGAGAUCAUUACUCGCUCAGACAAAUAUGUGAUCAAUUCUAUAUAAGAGGUGGGGGGCAUAGCUGCUUUAAAGAUAGUGAUGAAGCUAGAAUAAGAUUUCGGAGGAGGAAAUUCUGGGAGAAAGCAGUUGACAUAGACGAGCUAUGUGGGCCAGGAGAGGCGUGGUGGGGUGUGAGAGGGCAGAUGCGCGACGAUUUCAACCACAGUCACAAGGCAAUUACAUAUGGUGAACAUUUUCAAAAUAGCAGAUUUGUGGAGUCGGUUCUGGAUGUUUACUGGGAGCUACCCCCAGUCGCUGGCCCUUCACUUACACAUCAGACAAGAUACGAUCCAGCACGUACUGCCACCCCUAUUGUAGAAGAUGGUAGAUACAGUUUGUUCCGGAAGCUUGGCUUAUCGCAGCUCGAUCCUUCUGUAUUUAAUGGAUACACACAAAUGGUAUAUCUUCAGGUAUCUAAAUCUGAAACAUAAUCUCUCGGACACGAUAGGUUUUCUGCACUUGUAAUUUUGAAUUUGUUAAUAUCCAUCUCCAUUUUCCUCACUCUUUUUUAUGAGUAGUUCCAAAAUCAUUGUGUUAGGUGGUGUUUCUUUGUCGUACUUUUGAGUAUCGAAAGAUGUAAUUCUAUCA